AUGUCUCCAGAAUUUCAGCUUCUUCUUUUUCCUGACCUUGUUCACAUUCAUCCUCUCACUCUCAGUUUUCAAACUGCUUUGUGUUUUGUUUUGUUUUUUUUGUUUUUUCUAUUCUGGUUAACUCCAGGUGGGUUUGCUUGGGUUUUUUAUAACAAGGCUUCGAGUUCGGCUCGGUCUGUUAUUCCUGGUCCGUCUUUUUCCGGUUUGUUUGGGCUCUUGUCAGGCCAAACUCCUCACCGUGUUUUGGCCAAGCUCGCUCGGAGUCACCGAGCUGAGUCGCUGAUGGCUUUUUCUGUUGGUCUGACUCGGUUUGUUAUUUCCAGUGAACCGGAAACUGCGAAGGAUAUUCUUUGCAGUUCUGCUUUUGGUGAUAGGCCGGUUAAGGAAUCGGCUUACGAGCUGUUGUUUCAUAGGGCAAUGGGUUUUGCACCGUAUGGUGAGUACUGGAGGAAUCUGAGAAAGAUUUCUUCGACCCAUUUGUUUUGUCCUAGAAGGAUAAACGGGUUUGAAGGUUUUAGGAGUGAGGUGGGGUUAAAAAUGGUUAAGAGGAUAGAGUUUUUGAUGGGUGAAAUGGGUAGUGUUGAGGUGAAAAAAGUUCUUCAUUUUGGGUCACUUAACAAUGUGAUGAUGACUGUGUUUGGGAAGUGUUAUGAUUUUUUUGAUGGGGAGGGUUUUGAUCUUGAGGAAAUGGUGAGUGAAGGGUAUGGGUUGUUGGGUGUUUUUAACUGGAGUGACCAUUAUCCUCUUUUUGGUUGGUUGGAUUUGCAAGGUGUUAGGAAAAGGUGUAGGGUUUUGGUUACUAAGGUUAAUGCAUAUGUUGGGAAAAUAAUUGAGGAACAUAGAAUGAAGAGAAUGUCUGAAGGAAAAGGUUUAGUUGGUGAUUUUGUGGAUGUUUUGCUUGAUUUGGAAGAAAAAGACAAACUCAGUGAUUCAGACAUGAUUGCAGUACUUUGGGAAAUGAUUUUCAGAGGAACUGACACGGUAGCGAUUUUACUGGAAUGGAUUCUGGCAAGGAUGGUUCUUCAUCCAGAGAUACAACAAAAAGUACAGGAAGAAAUUGAUGGUGUAGUUGGAAAUUCCGACGUUAUUAGUGAUGUUGAUGUUCAAAACAUGCGUUAUCUGCAGUGCAUUGUGAAAGAGGUUUUAAGGGUUCAUCCACCAGGACCACUUUUAUCAUGGGCGCGUUUAGCAGUGCAUGAUGUUAUGGUAGGUGACAAGUUCAUUCCGAAAGGUACAACUGCCAUGGUUAAUAUGUGGGCUAUAACACAUGAUGAAAAGGUGUGGAAUGAGCCUGAGGUGUUUAAUCCUGAGAGGUUUAUGACCGAAGAUUUUAGCAUUUUGGGUUCUGAUUUGAGGUUGGCACCUUUCGGAGCUGGGAGAAGAGUUUGUCCGGGAAAAGCUAUGGGUUUAGCUUCUGUCCAUCUUUGGUUAGCUCAGUUGCUUCAAAGGUUCAAAUGGGUUCAAGCUGAUGAUUCUCCUGUUGAUUUGGAUGAAUGUCUUAAGCUUUCUAUGGAGAUGAAAUCGCCACUUGUGUGCAAGGUUGUUCCUAGGACCUAG